UUAAGUGCGCAGCCCUGCUGAAUCCACAUCCGGGUCCUGCGCUGCUGCUGGUGUGCAGAGAUUCGGUCCCGAACGCAGCGGACCAAAAUAGCGGUCAAACCCGACACUUUCCACUUUACACGUUGAGGACGCAGAAUAAAUGGGAAUUAUGCAUCCCUGGUUUAAACAGAUAAGGGUGAUCCGCUCUUUUACAGACUGAAUGCGGAGCAAAACAAUCCGCCAGCCUGUCUCUCUCUCACCACCGCCGCGCUCGGUUUAUAUAUCUCUCUUUCUUUUCGUCCUUCUCUUUUAUCUGGUUUUUACCUUCUCCGCAGAAGAACUCUCCAGGACUUAUUUUUAGUGGAUUCCCAAGCAGUAGAGAUGGGUGCUUUUCUGGAUAAGCCAAAGAUGGAGAAACACAACGCCCAUGGUGAAGGCAACAGCCUGCGCUACGGCCUGAGCAGCAUGCAGGGCUGGCGAGUAGAAAUGGAGGAUGCGCAUACUGCUGUCAUCGGCCUACCUAACGGCUUGGACCCCUGGUCGUUCUUCGCUGUCUACGACGGGCAUGCGGGGUCACAGGUGGCACGCUACUGCUGCGAACACCUCCUGGAGCACAUCACCAGCAACCCUGACUUCCAGGGUGGAGGCGGAGGAGGAGGUCCAGCUGUGGAGCCCAGCGUGGAUAGUGUGAAAUCUGGAAUCCGUACUGGUUUCCUGCAGAUCGACGAUCACAUGCGGCAGAUCUCGGAGAAGAAGCACGGCGGUGCUGACCGCAGCGGCUCGACUGCCGUCGGUGUGAUGAUCUCACCCCGCCACAUCUACUUUAUCAACUGCGGAGACUCGCGGGGUUUGCUGAGCCGCGGAGGGGCUGUGCACUUCUUCACACAGGACCACAAACCCAGCAACCCCUUGGAGAAGGAGAGGAUCCAGAACGCUGGAGGAUCUGUGAUGAUCCAGCGCGUCAAUGGGUCCCUGGCGGUCUCCAGGGCUCUGGGGGACUUUGACUAUAAGUGUGUACAUGGUAAGGGUCCCACGGAGCAGCUGGUGUCGCCGGAGCCUGAGGUGUAUGCUAUUGAGCGUUCGGAGCUGGAGGAUGAGUUUAUUGUUCUUGCGUGUGACGGGAUUUGGGAUGUGAUGACCAACGAGGAGCUGUGCGAUUUUGUUCGUUCACGACUGGAGGUGACUGAUGAUCUGGAGAGGGUCUGCAAUGAAAUUGUAGAUACCUGUUUGUAUAAGGGAAGUCGUGACAACAUGAGUGUUGUGUUGGUGUGUUUCGUCAGUGCACCGAAGGUUUCCCCUGAAGCUGUCAAAAGGGAAGCGGAGCUUGAUAAAUACCUAGAGAGUCGAGUAGAAGAGAUCCUGAAGAGGCAGGGGGAUGAAGGUGUGCCCGAUCUGGUACAUGUGAUGCGCACAUUAGCAUCAGAGAGCAUCCCCAAUCUACCACCUGGAGGAGAGCUGGCCAGCAAGCGGAGUGUAAUUGAAGCAGUAUACAACAAACUUAACCCAUACAGGAACGAGGAUACAGACUCUGCAUCCACGGAUGACAUGUGGUAGCCCCGCCCCCUUUAAACACUGCACAGAGUUUACAACCCUCCAGAACCCUGCACAACAACAUUUCCUACAGGACCCGACACCAGAACCCUGCACAAGAACCCUCAAAUACUACAAAACCUGCACAAGAACCCUACCACAGCCCAGCACAGCUGCUCUGGACUGUUUGGAGGAAGAAGAGGCGGAAGAAGAGGAAGGGAAUGAGGGCUCCCUCCCCUUGUUCACAUAAAACGUUCCCUCUCAGUGCUAGGCAAUGGUACCUUCUGGAAAUUUUCUGCAUACUCUUCUGUCCCGAAUCACUCUUUUCCCCAAAUCCUUUUAUCCUUAAAGUCACCCUCUCAAAAAAAAAUUCCAACACUUUUUUUUUUUUUUUUUCCCCAUUUCAUUUGUUUGUUUUUUUUUGUUUUGUUUUUUUGGUGUAAUUAAUUUGAUUCACAUUUCCUUGUGUGUUUGUAUAUUUCAGCUUUUAUUUCUGUGAAGUGCAAUUGUCUUGUACAAAGAAAAGCCUGUAUCAAAUGCAGCUUUAGUUUUACGUUUAAAAAAAAAAAGAAAGAAAAAAGGCACACCUUUAUUGCCCUGCCUGCUUUUGUUUUUUCUCCAACUGCUGAAGCCCAACACAUCUGCCUCUCAUGUGCUUUCCUUUUCAGUUUUUUUUCUCUUUUUUUUUUUUUUUUUUUUUUUUUUUUUUUUUUUUUUAAACAAAAUAUCACUUUUUGUAUUGUUACUUUUUAAGUGAAACGGGUAAAUGAUAUGGGCUCACAGCACAGUACAGUAAGCUUUUUUGUAAAUCUCACAGCACAGAUGACAGUAAUCAUUAUGUUCUCUCAGUACUACUGUUUUUGUUUUUCUGGUGGGGUGGGUCUUUUAUUUUCCCCCCUUUUUUAUUUUUUAAAUUUUUUUGAGAAAAUCGCUUUAACUUAAACUAAGCUGAAAUUGUGUGUGCGAGAAAAUGAGUGAGUCUUAUGAGAAAUCAAUGCUUUGUGGUGUGCGUGUGUGCGUGUGUGCGUGUGUGUGUGUGUGUGUGUGUGUGUGUGAGGAUGCAUGUUUGAUCCACCAAACUAUUUCCAUCGUGCAUAUUUUGUGUGAUUCUGUUACCUGAUGCGCUAACCCUGAUUCUCUCUCUCUUAUCAUCAACACUAGGACUCUUCUCUACAGUGUUCUGCACUACUGCAGCUCUUGAUUAUUAUUAUUUUUUUUUUAAUUAUUUUUUUUAUUUUGUAUUUUUGGUUAAGUUGGUCUAGGAGCAUUUUAAAAGAUCUCCUGCUCUUGCUGGAAAAAAGUAAUUGUUAAGAAGCACUCAGAACUGGGACAGGCCCUAUUAAGUGCGUUCGUGUGUGUGUGUGUGUGUGUGUGUGUGUGUGUUUGGUUGUCAGUGCUUAUGGUCUGAAUGGAUGUGUGAGAUUGCAUGUUUAUUGUGCUUAAAACGAUGUGGGUUUUAAUGGGGAUAUUUAGGCUUUUGACACAAAUAUAUAAGGCUUUAGCUAUAGCGCUCGAUCACCCAUCUGCACUGCUGAGAGAGUGAUGAGUGAAUGCUUUCUGAGAUUAACACUCAACUCGGAUUUUUCUUCUACUUAAACCAUUCGCUUCAUCUUGUUGAUUUAUGUUAUCCGUUUCUUUUUUUUGUUGGAUGUGGUGAUUUCUAUCUUUCUCUGUCUCUCUUUUUUUUUUUUGUUUUUUUCAAAGAACAAAUACAGUGUGAUGCAGUGAGCUGGCCUGGUUUAGGCCAGAGCCUGCAUGUGUUCCUCUGACCAAUAGGGAGCGCAACAGAGUACUGUUUGCUGCUAAAGUGUGUGAUUGAAUCAUUCGUUCAUUCAUUCGAAUGCUCUUAGUUAAUAUUCUCCUGCACCCCCCCCAAUGCUGUAUGUAACAUAGUUCUGAAUUAAUUUAAUUGUUUUUUUUUUUUCAGAGAGAUUGUCUCUUGUUCAUUUGUCCUGAUUGUCUAAAAUGUGACACAGUAAAAAUCACCCCCUUCGUCAUUACCCUCCCGAACUAAAUUUUAUGUAUGGAAUAGAUUAUAUGAACAAGAAUUCCCUUGCAUUUAAUGAAUAUAAGUUAGCUUUUUAGUCUAAUCCCGUGUAUUUGCAUACUGAAAAAAGGGUAGGUAAAAAGAUUACUAUAAGUCUUUUUCGCGAACCUCACAGGGUGAUUUAUUAAACUAAUAUUGUAACAAAAUGACAAUCUAACAGUGUUUAGCCGACGUAAACGGAAAAAUCUCCCUGUAUCCUCUACGCUUUUGCCUUGUGUUAUAACACAGGCGUAAAGAUCAUGGUUUUCGUGCGUGGAAUGGUGAGCUUUGUGUUCUCCCCAGUGGAAGCUGGGAUGUUGUGUAAUAGAAGAUUUACGAAAUGAAUCUAAAAUUAACAGGAUGUUUUAGGAUGGUCUUAGAGGCCAUAUGUUCACGUGUCUUUAAGCUUUUUUGGAUCCGCAAAGCUACGUGGAAUCACUUUAGGAAUGUAGACACGAAGAACGACGACUCUUAAUAGGAUGCUGUUGGCUUGCUUAACCCUCAGUUUGGUCUUAUACGGUCUUAAAAAUCACUUGUAAGAAAAUUAACAAAUUUUCGGUUUUCGUUUUUUGUAAGGAGCGAUUUGUUGUACAUGCAGUUUUGAGUUCCGUGGACUGCUGUUAUAAAGAUUAUCCUCCUUUUUGUUUGUAAAACUUAAAGAUGGUUUGUAGAUGGGGCAAAAAUCCAGAUUUUUUUUUUUUGUUGUUGUUGUUGAGAGAUGGUCAUAAGCACAGGUCUUUUAAUUGAGGAAAGGUUUUGGCUUACAGUGAAGCAUACAAGCCCAGUUAUAGACGAUAGAGAUGUUUAUGAAUGUGUUUUUACUAAGUCUUGUCGCUGAAGUUGACAAGGGCAUUUUUCAAGGAAUUCAAAUGACACAUGAACCGUCGCAUUUGUUAAUUGCGCGUAGAUCUUUUGCUUAACCCACGUCUCAAACCCUUCGAUGCCCCUGUAUUUUAGGUUUAUGCUCUGAAAUCCUGUUUCUGUGGUCUCUAGUUCUGGUAGCGUUAGCUUGGUAGCUCUUUUCAGAUUUAUCCGGACCUGCCUUCUGAUGUAUAAACCAAGUGAUUAAUGCAGCCUUAAUGCCUCCUGAAAACCCCCAACCCCAAACCCUUGGGCUUUACUCGUAUAUUACAGAGAUCUGUAUGCAAACACGCCAGUUUUGUGCUAAAGGGAACUAAAUUUUCUAGCACGGUGUGUAAUUCAGUGGUUCGGCCUCAGACGUUCUCAUAGACACACAUAUGGUGUUUUACUCUGGUGAAAUCCCACCUCCUACCCCAACAGGAUUAUUUUUGCUGAUUUCAGUCAUCUGCUGUCCUCAUAAGCUAAGCUAUUUUUGUUAAACAAUUGAUAUGUAUAUUUGUAUUCAUUUAUAAAUAUGUACACAAAAUGAAGUGAA